GUAAUGUUUAGUGCUGUGGCCAAAAAUUAAAUAACUUAAGCGUCCCUUGCUCUGAAAUAAGAGUUGCUACAAAUUUUCCAGCCCAGCAUUGCGCAUCGUAGUAAUUUUAUGUUCGUCGACAUGAAUUCUCGCCUGCGCUACUACUGGUUGUUCCUUCAACUACUCUCUUUACAGUUGGUACUCGCUAUAAACAAAAUCAGUAAGUUAGAGGUUUCAUUUCCAUCCUCUCUUAAGUAGAUUGUUGAUCUAUUUCAUCCAUUGUUUUGGAAUAUCAUAAAACAUAAAUUUUUACGACUUGGUGAAUCACUUGAGGAGUUAGUCAUAAAUUAAUGAAAAUACUAACCGUACCUACGUUACAGUUUUAGUUACACUAGUCCACUACAACUUCGCGUUACCAAUUAUUAACUGAUAAGCAAAGAUAAUUGCUGAGUCCCCAACGGGCAGCUUAUUUUUAUCCGGCAGCUGAUCUUUCACAAUGUAGUAAGCCUUUGACAACUGUUUUCAUUUCGGGCGCGUACAGCUUAUAGGCAGGCACAAUUUGUUCACUAAUAUCUUCACUUGUAUUCCAUAGGCGGUGAUGCAACGCCAACUGAUUGUCUUUAUGUUUCGCAUCAAGGUGGCCAAGACACACCUCAAUGCGGUUCUCGGACCGAGCCGUGCCAAACUUUGCCACAAGCACUGCUGUUGGUGAGGGAUGGAGGAAAGAUCUGUCUGGAUGGAAGAAACAGUGAAAGACAUCCUUACAGUUGUCUUUUCAGAAAGAAUGUUUAUAUUGACAAAAGUGUGGCAAUAUACGGUUUGUUCACAAAGGCACACAUUACAUGUGAUCCAAACUAUGGCAAUCUUAAAUUUACAUAUCCUGAGAAUCGCCUCUUUAAAUUAACUCUCUCCAACCUGGUAUUCCACAGCUAUGGAGUCGACCUAAUUUUUGUGACCGGUUUCAAUGUAUCGAUAUCAAGCUGCAAGUUUAUAAAAAGCUCGAUCGCAGUUGGUGUAUUACAGAAAGAAUCGAGAAUCUUCUCAGAAUCUUCCAUCGUCGUCACCGACAGCGAAUUCUUGUUCAAUAACAUGUCUAUUUACGCCAUCUUGCAUAAAGGGUUGUUCAUCUUAAGAAUCGCGACGUGUGUCUUUCAAGGCAGGAAAGGACGUUUUAAUGGAGUUUCUGGUGAUAAAGUAACAAAAGCAGCGGUAUACAUUAAGUACAAAGGAUAUCCGACAAACAAGGUAUACACAGACGGCGUAAUUACUAACUGUCUUUUUCAAGACCUUGGUCAUAAGGACAAUAGAUUUGCUUUGUUAUUUCGGUCUUCUGGCAUCUACGGCAGUGGAAACUUGUCAGUAUUUAACAGCACCUUCCUUCGCAAUGAGAAUUCCAUGUUAGUGGCGGGCGGAUUUUCCGUACAUCUAUGUCAGGUGACAAUAAACUCUACGUAUGGUUAUGCUUUAUUUGGAGCUGGACCUGCUAAAAUAAAGCACACGGUUCCUGAUUUAAAGCUGUUCCUGGACCACUGCAUUCUAGCAAACAACAGAAUUGGAAUAAGAAUGACAACCACUUCGUCACCCUGCCCUCCGCAUUACAGCGGCGCAUGCCCACCCAGCAACAAAAUAUUAUUUGUUAAAGACAGUCUUUUCGUCGGAGGAAGCGAGACUCGACAGUUAGGUGACGCAAUUAGGCUAUUACUGGGUGCAAUUUUCUCUGUACGCAGACCAAAUGAUCUCAAAUGCAAAGUUACUCUCGAAAACGUCACCUUUCAAGAAUUCAAUAAUAGCGUUCUCUAUGUAGAAAUGCAAAAGGAUGUAACUGGCUUCAUUAACGUUACAAACUGCAAGUUUCUAAACAAUUCUUACUUUGUUUAUCACCUGGAUGAAAAACACACUGUUAAAGAUCAUAUUUAAUGAGGAGGACCCUCCAAAAUGCCUCAAAAAACCCACAACAGUAAAAUUUUUGUGGAAUAACAAAACCUCAGUUUCCGGUGAUAUUUGAAAACAGCAUAUUCGAAAAUAACGUUGCUAUCUCAGGAGCAUUGAAUUUGUUCAAUGUAAAUAUAACUUUCAAAAAUUGCACUUUCAAAGACAAACGAAGGAUCAUCUCUGGGAGGACAUAUUUAUAUGAAAAUAGGUUACGGUAGUCUUAACGUCAUCAACAGCAACUUUCUUCAGUCACGUUUAAAACCACAUUCAAAUGUAGAGCCAUGGCGAAUUUCAAAUGAUGGAUGCUUUUUGUAUUCUGAGAGCGUUGGACCGGUUAUUAUUAGAAACUCGUCAUUUUCAGCAAACAUUAACAAGAAGUUCCACCCGAUCUUAGCUGUCACUAAGAGCAGUUUACUGGAAGUAGAUGCAACUUCUACCAUUAAAUGUCCAUAUGCCAGGUGGCUUAAAAUGGAUUUGAACCAAAUUACCAAGCGUUUUACGUUUACUAAAGGAGGCGAGACCUGUCGGAUUGAAGUUACGUACGUCAAAAUAUUUUGCGAAGAGUGUCCUUCUGGAUUUUAUAGUCUACAGAGAGGAUUUAUAUCUGGUUUAGAUAAGAAGAAAGAAACUAAAUGUGACAAAUGUCCAUAUGGAGCUUUAUGUGCAAAUGGAACCAUCAAAGCCAAAGAGAACUUCUGGGGCUUGGGAAACAGUUCUUCGAGUCCUUCAAGUCUGAAAUUUUUUCAUUGUCCGACUGAAUACUGCGGCAGAUCAAGCCAUUCCACCCACUCUGAUAACAACAGCUACAACAGCUGUCAUGGAAAAAGGGACGGUGUGCUUUGUGGCAAGUGUACUGAUGGGUACAGUGAGGCACUCUAUUCAACUUCGUGUAGAAAGAACGAUAAAUGUAAUAAUAACUGGUUUUGGUUGGCGACUGGGAUUUACGUGGUUGUCUUUGCAGUUUACAUUGUCUUCAAGCCUCCCAUUUUCUCGAAGCUGCUAAAGCACAGUCUCUGGUUUAUGAAUAAACCUUUCCGGAGUGAUCAGCAGAGAACCUGCGAAGAAGAUAAAGAACAAGAUUCUGGGUAUCUAAAAAUCAUCUUUUAUUUUCAUCAAGUAGUAGAACUGGUGAUGAUUAAUUCUCCGGAGAAAACGUUUCAUCUGGUACCAAUUAUCACUCCCAUCAUUGCAAUUUUUAACUUCCAGGUCAAAUCAUUGGACGGUAGCAUUGGCUGUCCAUUCCCUGGUCUCACUGCCGUAACCAAGGAACUGUUCAAGUGUAUGAAGUUCCUAGGAACGUUGCUUUCAAUCGGUCUUAUCUAUGCGAUUCAUCGAGCCACCAGUAGGUCCCUGCACACAGCUCCACCAUCAAUGAAACUAUACCUGGCUGUUGCUUUAGAAACACUGUUGCUUGGUUAUGAAAGACUUGCUGAUACAUCCCUUAACCUUAUGCACUGUGUUCCUGUUGAAAAAGAUUGGCUUCUGUUCGUUGAUGCUCACAUUGCGUGUUGGCAGUGGUGGCAGUUCCUGCUGAUCGGGUUCAUAAUGUCUUUCAUCAUCCCCCUCGUCCUGGUUCUCUUCUGGGGAUCACUGAAACUAAGUAAAGACAAAGUGACAGCUAAGGAAUUUUUAAUAGCUUGCGCAUUCCCUUUGCCUUGUCUUCUCGUUUGGUUUUUUCGUAAAUAUAGAAAAAAAGAUGAUCGACAAAUGCUUAAUUCUGAAAAAGUGCACAAUGCGGAAGAAAUAAAGCAGGUUCUCUACGGUCCAUUCCGCGCAGGCUCCAGCGAAGAUCAUGGCACCCUAUACUGGGAAAGUGUACUGACUGGACGAAGAUUGAUCUUGUUGGUCAUCCAUACAUUCGCUACUGAUCCCACUAUACGCUUUGUCUGCCUUAGCUGCGCAUGUGUUAUUAUGCUGGUUCAUCACCUUACAAUGAGGCCUUUUCGUGAACGCAAAGCUAACAUCUGUGAAGGCUUUUCUCUGUUGAGCCUAGUUGUUAUUUGCAUGUUCAGUUUGACCGAAGCUACUCUUAUUUCCCAGGGAAUAGAUCCCUCCGGCCCAAGCAAAGACCUCUUCUAUGCUUUACAGUGGAUUGAGAUUGGCCUCCUCAGCUUGGCACCAUUGGCGCUGUGUCUCCUUGUAGCUUUUUGUGCACUUUCUCAACUCGCCCGCCUGUUGUUCCAUUGCAUCACGUACCUUUCACGUGUCAUU